AUGGCGUCGUCGAACGAGCCCUUUUACAUUCGCUACUACUCCGGUCACCAAGGGCGAUUCGGUCAUGAGUUUCUGGAGUUUGACUUCCGAGUGGUCGGCGAUGGUCGUAGCGCAAUGGCGCGAUAUGCGAACAAUUCCAACUACCGAAACGACAGCCUGAUCCGCAAAGAGAUGUAUGUCAGCUCCUUGGUGAUCGACGAGAUCAAGCGCAUCAUCAAGACCAGCGAGAUUCUGAAGGAAGAUGACAAGAAUUGGCCUCAGAAGAACAAGGACGGGCGUCAGGAGCUCGAGAUCAAGAUCGGUGGAGAGCAUAUCAAUUUCGAGACUGCAAAGAUCGGGUCGCUCGUCGACGUGACGGAGUCUGCUGAUCCUGAGGGCUUGCGUGUUUUCUACUAUCUGGUCCAAGAUCUCAAGGCUCUCGUCUUCAGCUUGAUUGCCCUUCACUUCAAAAUUAAACCGAUCUAA